UGAAGACAGUCGCAGUUAGGCGGUGAAACCUAAUCUCGCUUGGAAAUUAUAAAGGAAACAGCUGCGGUCGAUUCCAGAUAAAGAAAAGUUUAGAUUGAGGGAUUUAUUUUUCUUCUGUGUGUGUGUGUGUGUGUGUGUGUGUUUGGGUUCGAUUUGGCCUCAUUGCGCGUUGAGCUCGUGUUGCAUCCCGAGUAGUUGCGCUGUAACUUGUGCUCCUCACACGAAAAAACGGGAUUUUCCGACGUAGUGACAGUUGAAACCGCUUCGUCACAUGUAUCCGAACAUUUAAGAACAUCUCGUCGGCCUCUCUCACUCUCUCUCUCUCUCUCUCUCACUCUCUCCCUCUCUCUCUCGUUCUCUCGCUGUCUUUUUUCUCCUUCUCUUUCUCUGCCCUCUUUCUACCGAGAUGAUGGAUUACCAAUAAGAGCCCAAUUGAGAUCUGCAUCCUCUGUGGGGAAAACCCGUUUGAAACAGGUGUCUGAUCCGGGCAACAGUUCCAGGCGUCCUGAUCCUCCUCGUGCCACAAUAACAGGCUGAGAAGAGAAGCUCCAGAGAAGCAGUGCGCAGGCUCCCCGAACCGCUGCUGCUCUCCGGCAUCGAACCCUCAGAGCAGCGCACAGCGGACACAUUCCAGGUGGGGUCGACGUGUAAACUCGUGUGAGAAAAUCUGGAAAUCAAGCAGAACAUUUAGAGACGACAGAGGGAGACUUUUGAAACAGUCGGUUGGAGAACCGCUGCCUUUUGUGUUUCUCGUUUUUUCUCCCCCUGAACUCUCCUCAGAAGGUCAGAGGAGCAUGUAACUGAAACAAGUGGAGCCCUCGGUGAUUUCAGCAUUCUGUCUCCCCCAUCUGUGCCUACUUUCUCCGCUACAGAUAGGGACAUUUUUGAUAAUUACAUAUAAUUAUAAUUUCUGUGGGAGACGGAUCUGCCUCUGUCUAUUAUUGCCAACACCUCCGACACAAUAACUUCACACAUUUACAUAUUUCUCAACAAAAGUGAUAUUCUUUGAACAAAUCAGGAAUGAUUUUACUUCGAGAGACAUGUCACAUGGAGAUGCAAUGUCUCAUUCAGUUCACAUGUAAUUAAUGAUUCCGUUGAAUGACGGGUAACUUUUUGUGGCUAAACGCUGAAUAGAGAGCAUUUAAAAUCCAGAACGUUUGCCUCAUUUUGCAGCGCUGGGAGUCAGUUCCUUGGUUUAUGCUUACUCUUGAUUUUCAUCUGUUUCAGUCUUCUAGCACUCAAGCUGAGUUUCCCUCAUUAUCGCCCCCCUGCUCAAUCACAGUUGCGGUCGGUACCAGACGACGACGGAUGCACAUGAAUCCAACACCGGAAAAGAUUGAGAUAAAGAACACGGUGUAUCUACAGAUGUGGCGUUGAGAUUCGUGCUCUAGAGAGGCUCAGCAUCCUUAACAGACAUCUGUGUCUGUUGACCCCAUUUGAUUACUUACAAUGCUGAUAAACCCAAUAUAUAGGAAGUGCGUUAUAGAUUUCGUAAAUAAUUUAAGAAAAGAGUUGCAUAAGUGCCAAUUCUGAAUGUAUGUACUUCCGGACUAAGAUACAACUGUUUACAUUUGAUAAAACACGAGCCAUAGACUAUUGUUCAAGUGCCGUGAUCAGCACAGGAAUGUAGACUGCCAUAUUUGAUCAAAAAUCCUUGCUUCUAAUUUUAACUGGCCUUUCAAAAAUGUAUUUCAUCCAGCGCUACGUCAGACUAUAUGUCCUUUUGCUCUGUGUGAGGUGAAGUGUAGAACAAGGCAUUAGGCACUAAAAGGAGGAAGAUGUUUUUUUUUUCAAUUUGUCCUUUUUACAAAGUUGCAUCAAUUUUAGUGUUCUUGAGAGGGCAACCGAUGAGGUCACACAUUCAGAGUUCACGAUAAAAAACCCCGAUAUAAUUACUCCAAAAAAAGAGGCUUCAAAUUUUAUUGUUCAAAUUUACUGAAUGAAACUACUGAUACAUCGUCAAUAUCCAUUGGGUCGUACGUGCGCCUUGAAUAUUUCACAUUUUAGUGGGUUAAACUGCAACGGCGGAUACAGCGGUGUAACUGCAUUGACUCAACACCAGAAAAUAGAUCUCUUAGUCAUGUAAAAAUGACGCCCACCACCAAUCUCCUAGUCCUCGCUGUCUCCCUGCUCUCCCUCCUUACUGCCCCACUCACCACUGUUGCGGAGACCUCUCCGUCUCCCCCUCCUCGGCAAAUAGACCACUCGGAGAGGCCUUUCGCCAGGGAGCCCAGAGCUGGUUCCAGCCCUCCCUCCCUGCUCCUCGCCAUGCAAGCCAAUAUCAGGCCAGCAGCUCUCCAAGGGAGGACCAAAAGCCCCGAGAAACUUCCGGAAACCUCGGAGGGGGUUCUGGAGGCGCCUCCGAGAGCCCUUCCCCAGGUCAUGUUUCCCAAGAAUGUGACUUCAUCGGAAGCCCUCGCCCCUCCCUUGGGUGCCGCCCAGGUGGCGCCCAUUCGACCCCGCAUGAUGGACGGAUGGAUCGAUGUAUGUCGGGGUUAUUAUGACGUCAUGGGACACUUUGACAGCGCUUUCAACUGCUCCAAGGACGAGUUCAUUUUUUGCUGUGGAACCUGCCACUACCGCUUCUGCUGCCAAGAUCGUGGCCAGCAGCUGGAGCAGGAGAACUGUAAAAACUACUACUCUCCGGACUGGGCCAAGCCACAGACCGACACCAUGCUGUUGCCGGAUGACUCGGGCGACGAUCCAGACUUUGAUCCUCUGAAGCAGCAGAGCCACAACACGGGCUUCGUCAUCGGAGGCGUGAUCGUGUUCAUGGUGGCUGUCGCUGUGGGCAUCAAGGUGGUCUUCAACAAGGUGCAACAGGAAGCCCACCAGAGAGACCUAAAUAUGCCCAGAGCCCUGGUUGACAUGCUGCGGCACCAGUCCAGCCCCGUCCAGCAGGAUGAGAGAAACAACAGUGUGGCUCUGGCAGUAGGGGACCCGCAGGGCACCCUGGGGAGACCUCCAAAAAAUCUUUACGCCCCAGGACUGCCGAGCAAGGACAACAGAUUGGGCAAUUUGCAACACAAUUUCAUUCACCCAUCAGGCACCAGCCCCAAACACACCGCCACUAUCGAACGCACCCCUCGGAUGAACAAUGCUCAGCUGGCAGCAGGAGGCACCCUGCUUUCCAGUAAACACAACAACACCAAAUCCCAGCCGGCCUUCCACCACUCCUUGCACAACCUGGCUCAGCUGCCUCCCUCCUACGAGAGUGCCACCAAGCCUGAGCUCAACAGAUACUCCUCGCUCAAACGCCUCGAGAAAGGGCUCGAUGAGUACUCGUCUGGUUACUGCACCACCAAGAGACGGCCUCACACAGCCCAGCCGGCCCUGCAGUCCUCUCAGCACCAUCUCCACUGGGGUGGAGACUACACCCUCAACGGUAGAGGAACCCUCCCGAGGCAUGCAAUUCGUCCCUGGAUCCCGCCGCAGCCUUCUGGCAUGCCCGCCUCGCCAACCCCCAACCCAUACCCUCUGGAUCCCCCAGAGCCCCACUACAACCCUAAUUACGAUACUCUAUCCAAGCCCCAGAGGAAAGUUAAACCCAAUGACCAGUUGCUCAACAUGGGAGACGUCCCUGGCAACACAGGGACACUGUCCAGGAUGUCCAAGAACCAGCAACAUCAGUACUACAAAGCCAUGGCCGCCUCCGGCAAGAACUCCAACACACAGACCCUCACCAGGAAGACCCAGGACAGGCAGGAGAGGCAGGACCGGCAGGAGAGGCAGGACCGGCAGGACAGGCAAGACAGGCAAGACAGACAGGACAGACAGGACAGGCAGGACAGGCAGGACAGGCAGGAACGGCUACUCAUGUCCCCGGACCACUUGGAAGACAGGAUGGGGGUCGGUGGGAUGGGGGUCGGCGGGAUGGGGGUCGCGGAUCCAUACGCCCACACAGGGGGAAAUGUCCCCACGCUGCCUCGCCAACAGAAGGCCCAGUCACAGCAAAAUGUCUGUGCCACGCCCUCCCUCGACCGGCACCACAUGAUCAAGAUGAAUUCUCACCCCACGUCGGGACGAGAGCAGGAGAGGAGCACGGCCAUGACGGGGCACAUGAGCGGGGGCAUGGGCUGGGCGGGCGAGCAGCAGCAGCAGCAGCAACAGCAGCAGCAGCAGCCCGGGCAGGGGGUAGUCAUGGGAACGGGAACACUAGGGGGCCACAGUGCUAGGAGGAUGGCUUUUGCGGCGAAACGGCAGAACACCAUUGAGCAGCUACAUUUCAUACCGGGGGGAGGAGGAGGUGGGGGGUCGGCAGGAAGUGCAGGAGGGAGUCAGGGGAUCAGGACGGGGAGUAAAAAUGAGGUAACGGUGUGAGGUUUGUGCCUAAUGUAGAGUUUACCCCUCAUCAAAGAUAUGGGAACAGAUCACCCUUCUACACCUAACUGUUAGAUCAUCAGCUACAAGAAAUACAACUAGAAGUAUAAAGUACAGUAAUACUACAACAUGUUAGGACUAUUCCAAUUAUCUACCAAUUAUCUACCAAUUAAAUAACUAAUAUUAUUAAUUAAAUAAAAAUCUAGAUGGGGAAUAUCCAUUCCAAUUAACCUACAUCAGCCAUAUUUUGUAAAAGAAAUUGCCAUAUUGCCAUAAACAGCGGUGCCAUUGUUGUAGAUAGACUGACUCGAAGGGUGACAAAACCAACAUAAGUGUUGUUCAUAAUUUAGUUUUUAUAAUUGUUUUUCAAACGUACUCAGGAGCCAUAUUAGAUAAGGAACAUAUAUACUGUAUAUAUAUAUAUAUAUAUAUACAUACAUUUAUACAUAUAUGUAUAUACAUAUAUGCGUAUGUAUAUUCUUAUAUAUAUGUAUAUGUGUAUAUACAUAUAUGCGUGUGUAUAUUCUUAUAUAUAUGUAUAUGUGUAUAUACAUGUAUAUAUGUAUAUACAUAUUUAUGAUAAAGAUGAGAAACAUCUGGAAUAUUGUCACAGCAUUCAAUUGAGCCAACCUGCUGGACUGUCGGCCUGCUCGGCUCUUGCCAACAAUGAUUCAUCAAACUGAACCUCCCGGGGGAGAAGACUGGUGGACCAGAUGAGUGUGAAUAAACCGUGUGCCUGAUGAGGGGAUUUGGAGAUCUGACACCUGAACCUCAUCCUGACGCAGGGAGGAAGGACGGAUAUUUGUUGCUUCCCAUGUAAACGAGCGGACGAGCCGGGGGCUGUUUCUUAGUGGGACACUGCAGCCCGACGCUGUUACCGGGAGCUGAGAACACGGACGUAACCACAUUCCCGAUCUGACGCCUGGGUUGCCUAGUUUUCCAUGUGACCUUAGAUCCGAACCCCCAGAGGGACUCACAAACUGCCCAAUGUUUCACCACAGGAGUGUAAACCGAUGUUCGAGUACGUUAUGGGACAGAUUCCCCUAAUGUUCCCAUCUCAAGAUCAGGACCAAACCGUAAAAAACGAUGGGCAACCAAAUAAUAUAGAGCCAUCCGUCAUGUUAUUACAAAAAUAUCUUGACACAAACAUAGAAGCGCCGAGAGACGCAUGUGUUCAGUUUACCAAUAAAAAGGCAACUUGCUUUGCUGCAGGUGGUGAACGGAGACCAGAGGUUUUUCUACAGAGCACAAAUGAAUUGACCGUGACGCAGAGGUUGCACUUACACCACUGUACUUCAAAGCCAUUUAUGGAGAAACUAAAGAAAAAUUCCACAGAGGAAGCUCGUCUGACAAUCACCAUUUUAUUAUUCUCGCCAGGUGACAAAUACAAGUCAGAGAUAUUUUGUACAGUCAAAGGAUUGGCUUCAGAGUAAGCCAAAAAAACCUGAGUCAGGAGAGAGAGGGCAACUUGAAGCUUUCUCCUGCCUGGCUCAGUACGGCGUGAGAGACUCGGAUGGUUAGGAAGCCCUCCCCAACCUCAAGAGGAAGAACUUGCUGUAUCAUAACGCACUUCAGCCAGUUAUAGAAACAAAACAACAAAAAACAGAAAAGAAAAAACCUUCAUCAAUAACAACGCUUAUCAAUACUAAGGGCUAUCCUAUCCUAUAUACUGUAGUAUGUGAUAUCUGUGGUCCAUAUACAAUGGUAUCUCUUUCUCUUGAUUUUGUGUUGAUAUUGUCAUGAUGUAUUAAGUAUUAAUGUGUACAAAAAACAAGAGCAAUUUAAGCACAGUUCAAAGAGAAACAUAAAAAACUUUGCACAAAUCCAUCCCCUGAUAUUUGCACCAGAUACAGACAUCUGUAUCGUGUCCUCAAGGUUUACAUUCUGUACAAGUACGGCCGACAUUGUGACUGAUCAAUUGGGAGGAUUGUAUUGAGAGGAUUUUUUAAACGUGAAAUCGAAGAUAAUUACGCGAAUCAAGGAAGGAACUCGUUACUGCUUGGCUUCUUUUUAGUCACGUGAAAGGGUACAGAGAUGAAAUACUAACAAACAGAAACACAGAUUUCCUUUGGACAAUCUUCCUAUACACAGUGCUCAAUGUAGUUGUUAUGAAUAUGAUGGAGUGUUAUUAUUAAUGAUUAUUAUAACUGUUACGGUUAUUAUUAACAAUUAUCUUAUCGUGUGAUGUUCUUUUACUUGGUGGGAUUUAAGUGUUUAUUGUUUUUAGAGUGACUAGCAUUCUCACGACUAGUUUUUUUUUUUUUCAUACAUCUGAUCGUAAGUUCAAGUUUUUAAAGACAUUCUAAAUCUUGAUGCAUGCCCGCUCCAUUUCACUGGCAGGCAGUUACAGUAUGCCUGGAUCUGAAGGUCAUCAAAUGCUUGUAUGCCCAAUUUUCCAGCUGGAUGUUCUGUGCCUAGACAUUGGCCUUAUGACUUGUCGAUCUCAAGUGAUUACUUAGGUUUCCACUCGGGUACAAAAAUUUCUUUUGAAAAAAUCUGCAGCCUUCUAAAAUGUAUGUGUAGACGGCGGUGUUUUACAGACCACUGAGGGUUAGAUGUGUGUGUGUGCGUGUGUGUGAGACAGGCCAGUAGUUGCUGGAGCAGCAGCCCGACCCACUAACAUAUGCGUCGUACACAUUAUCCCAUGAUGCCAUAAUGUAUGUGUUUUUCGAUGAAUGUUUAUCGAGUGGAGAAAGAUGGAGGUCUAAUGGAAACCUGAAAGCUUUGAGUGUCUUUUUCAGGGAAACGGGACAGGUGAAAUACAGUAGUAUAAGAUUUUUUUAAUAGAGCCACAAAAGGUCUGUAGCAAAGUCUGUAAUAUAUCACAAGCCAUAUCCAUCAAAACUCAUUAUCACAAUUUUAUAAAUGGUUAAUCUAAUUUGUGAAAGUAUUGUAUUUUGUAUAGCUAGUACAAUCAGAAUAUUUUGAGUGAUCUCUUCAACAUUAAUUUGAGGAUUCAACAAAUUAUGUGUUCGUAUUUAAUGAAUUGUACAGUGCCAAACUCAUAACAUUUUGUUGUCUUUCUAUUGUCAUAGCCUCCUACAAGACGACACAGGGUAUUUAUUUUUCACAACCGACAACUAACAGAUGGGCAAACCAGCUAAAGAGCUUAAAAAAUAAAUGAAUGAGUAUGGUGUGUGUUUUUACCAUUAUGAAUUCAUUUAGAGAGAGGAUGGUUAAUGGCCACCUGAAGUGUAAAGUAUUAUUAAGAGUUAAUCGUAUGGACUGGGAUACUGUCCAUUAAUUUAAUUCAUGGAUUUAUUUUCAUGCCUAUAGAUUUUAAAACAACCCUUUUGUUGUUCAACGCAUCGACCCCCUUGGAUACGACAGUAACUCACAAAGAAUUUGUAUAAUAAAGUUGGUGGGAAAAAAAGUUUUGCCAUUUA